CCUCCCUAAACUAUCUCCGAGAUCCAUCACUAAAUCUUCAUCUUCGUCAACCUCAGCUUUAAGAUCCAUCUCCUCCUCAAUGGCUUCUUCUUUCAAACCCGAACAAGCUAGAGUUCCAUCUGCUCUUCCUCUCCCAGCUCCUCCGUUGACUAAAUUCAACAUCGGAUUGUGUCAGCUAUCUGUGACGGCUGACAAAAAGAGAAACAUCUCUCACGCUAAAAAGGCCAUUGAAGAAGCUGCUUCCAAAGGAGCUAAGCUUGUUCUCUUACCCGAGAUUUGGAACAGUCCGUAUUCCAAUGAUAGUUUUCCAGUUUAUGCGGAGGACAUUGAUGCAGGUGGUGAGGCUUCUCCUUCAACGGCAAUGCUUUCUGAAGUUUCUAAACGUCUCAAGAUUACAAUCAUUGGUGGCUCUGUACCAGAAAGAGUUGGUGAUCGUUUGUAUAACACUUGCUGUGUCUUUGGUGCGGAUGGAGAGCUCAAAGCUAAGCAUCGGAAGAUACAUUUAUUUGAUAUAGACAUUCCCGGGAAGAUUACUUUUAUGGAAUCCAAAACUCUUACUGCUGGAGAGACACCAACAAUCGUUGACACAGAUGUAGGGCGUAUUGGAAUAGGCAUCUGUUAUGAUAUCAGGUUCCAGGAGUUAGCUAUGAUAUAUGCUGCAAGAGGGGCUCAUUUGCUGUGCUACCCGGGGGCCUUUAACAUGACAACUGGACCAUUGCAUUGGGAAUUACUACAAAGGGCAAGGGCUACGGAUAAUCAGUUAUAUGUGGCUACAUGCUCACCUGCCAGAGAUUCAGGAGCUGGCUACACUGCUUGGGGGCACUCAACACUCGUCGGGCCUUUUGGAGAAAUACUAGCGACGACUGAGCAUGAGGAGGAUAUAAUCAUAGCAGAGAUUGAUUACUCUAUCCUUGACCAACGAAGGACAAGCCUUCCAUUGAAUAAGCAGCGGCGGGGAGAUCUUUACCAGCUUGUAGACGUACAGCGCUUAGACUCUAAAUGAAUGCAGCAGUAACUGUACAUCUGAAUUCUCUAUUUAUGAGAGAUUGUGUGAGUUGAGCACUAUUUGGUUACUUGCAACUUUAUGGUCAGUCAUUUCUCCACAACUUUGCUGAGAUAUGUAUAAGAAUAAAAACUCGAGCUUUGA